CCUAGAUCAGCACUCCUACGCUUGAUAAAUGGCCCUAGAGCAGAGCUGGUUGACAGAAUAACAGAACAUAACACAAACACACUUUUGUCUCUGGCAGAGGGAGGCAAUGAUUUCACAGUCAGCAAGCAGCCAUGUGAAGAGUCACAAUGCCCCUGUCUCAAUGAACGAGUGCCAUGUCAAGGGAUUGAACCAUAUUGGAGUGAUGAUACAGAAAACACUGUUGUAUUCCUCUCAGGGGAUAAUGAUGAUGAAUACACUUAUAAAGCUAGACAUACACAAACCUGUCUAUUAUAUGAAUUCAAUGUGGUUGAUUUCUUCUUCACACUGACUGUGUGACUUGAAUGACGACCAAUGUCAUUUCCCCUCUGAUGAUUGUAUCAAUGAUUAGGCAAAGAAUGCAUUGAUGACUCAAUCCAGCCAAAUCAGGUCUUGGCUGAGCUCGUAUAUAUAGUUCCCAUGUUUCUUUCCACUAUAAAACUAUGAACAUUCCCCACAUGCAGUUAGUAUAUUUUCUUCUUGUAAAAACAGAUUUUUCUUCUUCUUGUGAUUGAUUCGUCAACCUGGUUCAUCUUCAGUGCUCGUGCCUUACUUUGGACACGCCACUAGGGGCGACAAAAUUAACGUUCGUUUUCCUCGCUAACUUUUACAAGCAAGUUAUUGGAUUGUGAAAGUAACGUGAAAGACAGAAUGGCAGAGAAUUGUGAGAGAAUGUCAGAAUGGCAUAGAAGUAGUUCCCAAAUAAAUACGUUGGACAACGAGAAACUUGUACGACCUAAAGAGAAACUGUGCGUGUUAUUGCAGCAGGCAGGUGCAGACAAAGACGUUUUCACCAUGAAAGAGGUGAUAUUCUACCUGGGCCAGUACAUCAUGAAGAAACAGCUUUAUGACAUGAAGCAGCAACACAUAGUGCACUGUGCUGACGACCCCCUGGGGGCUGUACUGGGAGUGGACAGCUUCUCUGUUAAAGAACCACGAGUUCUGUUCGCUAUGAUCACACAAAAUCUCCUAGCAGUGAAAAAUCAAGAAUCCCAAUCUGUCUUCACGGAACCCAGGAGCCAGAGUGAACCGGAUAGAGGGCCUAAGGAGACAGACUCAGACUGUCAUUCAUCAUCUACCUCAGAACGCAGGAGGAGAAGGAGGAGUAGUGACCCUGAGGGGACGUCGUCGACCCAAGAGGAGGACGGGUGUGAGUCCAGGAAGAGACACAGGUCAGACAGCUUUUCUCUGACCUUUGAUGACAGCAUGUCCUGGUAUGUGAUUGGAGGCCUGAGACGAGACCGGAGGAGCAGUGAGUCUUCAGACUCACACAGUAACACUGAAGUCGGUUCAUUGGUCAGUGACGCGUGUGACGAUGUUCUGAGCCAGGAUCUGGGCUCAGACUCUGAUAACUUCAGCGUGGAGUUUGAGGUGGAGUCCAUUGACUCGGAUGCCUACAGCGAUCCUGAAGAGGCUUCAGUGUCUGGAGAGGACGAGGUGUAUGAAGUCACCAUCUUCGAGGAGGACUCGUUCGACGACGACACUGAGAUCACGGAAGCAGACUACUGGAAGUGCUCAAAGUGUGAGGAGUUGAACCCUCCCCUCCCCCGAAACUGCAACCGCUGUUGGACGCUAAGAAUGGACUGGUUUCCCGAUUCUGACAGCAACUCUGCUGCCCCCAACCUCAAACCCUUACCCCCCAAGCCUACCCCAGCCCCGACAGAGCCCGACGAGACCGAAGGUCUGGAUGUCCCAGACGGGAAGAGAGCCAGGUCGCCCCUUCCCCUCCUCAAAGACUCCCAGGAAUUGAUGUCUGUCUCUGGCCCCGAUUCCCAAGACUCAGCCUGCUCCUCCCAGCCCUCCACCUCUUCUUCGAACUCCAACGGCGUGGGCUCAGGCUCGUCCUCUACUAGCGCCCCCUUCAGUCAAGAAGUGAUGGCACCAGACUUGGAGCGUUUCAACAGCCUGGAGGCUCACCUCCCCGCCAGCUGCCUGGAGCCCUGCGUCAUCUGUCAGACCAGGCCCAAGAACGGCUGCAUCGUACACGGACGCACUGGGCACCUCAUGGCCUGUUACACCUGCGCCAGGAAGCUGAAGAAGAGGAACAAGCUGUGUCCGGUCUGCAGGCAGCCUAUCCAGUCUGUCGUCUUAAUUUAUCUCAGCUGAGGACGGCUAUCGGCUAGACUGUGCAUUCCAAAUAAGCAGUCUAUUCCCUUAUGUAAGUGCACUACUCUCAACCAUGGCCCCAAUAGGACUCUGGUCUAAAGUAGUGCACUAUUUAGGGAAUAGGGUGUAACCCAUAGCUACACAACUCCCUGUUCCUCAAAAACAACUUAAAUCCUGAAUGAAUAAAUAAUGUUUUAAUUUUGUUUAUUUGGAAGUGAUUUUAUUUAUGAACUCUAUCAAACAAGGUGCCUGUUGUUGUGUUGAUUUGGGAUUGAUUUCUAGUGUUCAGUCAAAUAGCCUUUCUAGUUUUUCAAAUUUAUCAAAUUAUCUUAGUGGUGAAAUAUUCAAUAUAUUUUAUUAAAUAAAGAAUGUUUAGCAAAUUAA